AUGAAUCGUUUUUUUGGUACAUCAAAGAAAACACCCAAGCCAAACUUAAGUGAUGCGAUAGCAUCGACAGAUUCAAGAGUUGAUGCAGUGGAGGUAAAGAUAAAAAAAUUGGAUGCAGAACUUGUCAAAUACAAAGAUCAAAUGAAGAAGAUGAAGGAUGGGCCUGCAAAAAAUACGGUCAAGAGCAAGGCGUUAAGAGUUCUUAAACAAAAAAAAUUGUAUGAAUCACAACGAGAUCAACUUCAACAACAAUCAUUUAAUAUGGAGCAAGCGUCAUUCACCACAGAUAAUCUACGUAAUGUGAUGACCACCGUUGAUGCGAUGCAAACCGCCAAUAAAGAGAUGCAAAAGCAAUACAAAAAGAUUGAUAUUAAUAAAAUCGAGCAAGCUAAUGAUAUACAAGAAACACUUGGUAGAACGUAUGGGCUUCCUGAAGAUAUUGAUGAAAAUGAAUUAGAAGCAGGUUUGGAGAUUAUCUUGGAAAAUAUUAUUUUGUAG